AUGGCCCUGAGCAAGCCCAGCAGCCCGGACCCGGUCUACACCACAGCAUUGGGUACUGCGCCUGAUGACAUCAUCGCUUGUCUGAAGGACCUGUACGCUACAGAGUAUGCGCAUGUGCGGCCUCUACCGUGGUGCGAAGACCUCAACCUGCAUCUUGGAGAAGUCUACACCAACCUGCAGCUCCAGCGAAGGGACGGCAGGGGUAACUUUCAAGACACUGGCACUAUCGUAAGCUUAUCAGGUAUAUAUAAUACAAGGGAAGGUAAAGAUAAUCAAGGCAAUGUGAGGUCAGCUGUCAGAAAGAUACGAGUAGAGGGGGACCCUGGUAUUGGAAAGUCGUGCUCUUGUCAGAAGCUUGCCUAUGAUUGGUCCUGUGGGAAACUGGAAAGGUUUAAGGUCGUGUUCUUUAUGGAAAUGCGACACUUAGCUGGGAAGGUAAAAGAUGCUAUUUUUGAGCAGCUCCUGCCAAAGGAUGCAAAAUCCACCCCGGACCAGCUUUGGACCUACAUCCAAGAGAACCAGGAUGAUGUUCUCUUCAUCCUUGACGGUUUAGAUGAGAUCAGUCAGACGGCUAGGGAAGUCACAGAUGUGGUGGACUUGAUUCAGGGUAAAAUCCUCAGGAACUGCCAUGUCCUGGUGACCUCCAGGCCGUACCAUUGUGUCGAUGACUUGGACAGAUGUCACCAGUUCUACAAAAUCGUUGGCUAUAGUAGGGAAAGUUCAGAGGGUUUCAUUCAAAAGUACUUCUGCCAGUCCCCAGGGGCUGCUUUAAAACUAGUAGAACAGAUUCAUGGUAACGAGAAUCUGUCAGAACUAGUGGUGAAUCCCCUCAACAAUGUGCUGAUAUGUGUUGUCUGGGAAGAUAACAACAACACAUUGCCUUCCAGCAAAGCAGAACUUUAUGAAAUGAUUAUACUUUCUGUUGCAAAGCGAUUCUGUACAAAGAAAAACCUUCCAAUGGAAGGUGACCAACUUCCUCCCAACAUAAAAGAAGCCUUGCGAGACCUGAGAAAACUGUCCUGGGAGGGGUUAGAGCAGGAGCAGCUCCAGUUUAACAUAGAUGAGAUCGGAAGGAAGUAUGAAACAACCGCCGAUAACAUGUUGAACAUGGGCCUCCUGACUAGAGAUUACUCUUUCUCCAGAAUCAAACGCACCUGCUUCUGUGCCUUUCUGCACAAAUCGUUUCAGGAAUACAUGGCCGCCUGCUACAUCAGUGGGUUGGUAACGGAUGGAAGUAGCAGAGAAGAGGGGAUGACAUGUAUUCGUAGUUUGUUUGGUUUCACAAACUCUUCGGCCAUCGACAGGGAACUGAUUUUAAGUAGUCGCCGUAGGUACAGAGAGUUUCAAAACUGGUUACCUUUGACCCUGGGUGAGAAUGCUGACCCUCUGUUUGACAUGUUCGCAGAGAAGCUAAGGAAAGCUCAAACUGAUGAGCACAGGGAAGUUUUGUCGUUUGUGUGUAUUAUGUUGCUUGGGAAAACUUCUGCAGGUGGUAGAAUGGCUGAAAUCGUUGCUCCUUUUCUGCCUCAGCACCUAACUAACAACCUCGGUGAUUUAAAUGAUCGCUAUAAUGAUCGUGAUCACAUUGAUUGGUUUGUAGGGUUGACACACGUACUGACCUGUCAAAAGAAACUUAGGCUUUCAGAGGCGCCAAUAGUAGAGCAUAUCGAAAUCACCGAAGUUACGGUCGUGCAACAUAUGGACGAGGCCGAAGCAGACUUCUCAGAAUAUGACAGGCUGUUGGCCCACAUGAUUAGGAAGCAGACCUGUCUCAGGACGUUAAAGAUAGAGAUAGACCAGUGGUGUCAUAAGGAUAUUGAACCCAGGGGGUUCGUUUACCAUGGAGUCUGCAACAGUCAGUCCCUCUCCAACCUGUGCUCCGCGAUUCAGAGGAACCGGAGUCUGGAGACACUCGUGAUUGACGGGAUGUUGUCUGAGUCUCUGUCAGGACGACAGGCAAAGAUACUUGCCAAGUUAAUGGAAAAACUGCCUAGUAACUAUAAGGAACUCAAAAUAACUAUGUUAAACGGUCUUUAA